UCGAAAUAAAUUCGAUGAGCGAUUGGUCUUUUCAAGCCGCCAAUGAAAAUGCUCGGAUUCCCCAUUCCUCAUUAGCAUACCGCAGUGAGCGCUGCCUAUUUAAUUCGCGCUCCGACGAUUUGUUUUGUUUAUUACUGUGUCUCAACUCAGCCGAAGAAAUGCCCGAUCAGAAACCUGCUCCCAAGAAGGGCGCUAAGAAAGCGCUGCCGAAGCCAUCAGGCAAGUCUGGCAAGAAGCGCAGGAGGCUGAGGAAGGAGAGUUACUCCAUCUAUAUCUACAAAGUGAUGAAGCAGGUUCACCCCGACACCGGCAUCUCCUCCAAGGCCAUGAGCAUCAUGAACUCGUUCGUGAACGACAUUUUCGAGCGCAUCGCUGGCGAGGCUUCCCGCUUAGCCCAUUACAACAAGCGGUCGACUAUUAGCUCCCGGGAGAUCCAGACCGCAGUGCGCCUACUGCUCCCCGGGGAGCUGGCCAAGCACGCCGUGUCGGAGGGAACAAAGGCAGUGACCAAGUACACCAGCUCCAAGUGAAGAGUGCUGCCAAA